UUCAAGCUUUAUUCCUGGGAUUGACCUCUGCUCUAGCUCAGAAUGAUUCUCAAGUCUGUCACAGAAAGCUUUGCCAGUAUCAUUCAUGGCCUAAGUGUACAGCAUCUGACAGACCGAGUCCUUCAGAGAAGCAAGAGGAUGAUUCUGGAUACUCUGGGUGUUGGCCUACUGGGAACCAAGACAGAAGUUUUCCACAAAACUACACAAUACAGUAAAAUCUACAAUGCUGAUGUAUCAAGCUGUGUCUGGGGACAUCCAGACCUAAGGCUCCCACCUACAUAUGCUGCUUUCGUGAAUGGAGUAGCUAUUCACUCAAUGGACUUUGACGAUACAUGGUACCCUGCCACUCAUCCUUCAGCACCAGUACUCCCUGUCCUCUUGGCUUUAUCAGAAGUCCUACCUCAAAAUCCCAAGGUCUCUGGACUUGACCUGUUGCUGGCUUUCAAUGUUGGGAUUGAAGUACAAGGCCGAUUAAUGCACUUCUCCAAGGAAGCCAGUGACAUACCAAAGAGAUUCCACCCACCAAAAGUUGUAGGAACUUUGGGCAGUGCCGCUGCUGCAGCCAAGUUUUUAGGGCUCCACCAAACAAAGUGCAGAGAAGCCAUGGCAAUUGCCGUUUCCUAUGCAGGGGCACCCAUGGCAAAUGCUGCCACACAGACCAAACCUCUCCAUGCUGGCAAUGCAGCCAGACAUGGGUUAGAAGCUGCUCUCCUGGCUUUGCUGGGUCUUCAAGGGAACCAGAAGAUCUUGGAUUCAGAGGCAGGGUUUGGGGCCUUCUAUUCCAACUACACCCCACAAGUCCUACCAGCUUUGGAAUCUUAUACUUUGCUGCUAGACCAACAAGACAUCGCCACCAAGCGCUUCCCUGCCCAUUUAGGAACACACUGGGUGGCAGAUGCAGCUGCUGCUGUGAGAAAGUACUUGCUCCCCACUGACAGAAUCAAAAGAAUUGUGCUCAGAGUCCCUGAUGUCAAAUACGUGAAUAGACCUUUCCCAGCUUCUGAGCAUGAAGCUCGGCACUCAUUCCAAUUCAUUGCCUGUACUAUGCUGCUUGAUGGAACCAUCUCAGUACAGUCAUUCCACAAGAGCCAGGUUGGCAGACCUCAAAUAAGGGAGCUGCUUGAUAAAGUAGAGUUGGAGCAUUCACCUGACAAUCACCCUAAUUUUGAUACACUCUACUGUGAAGUGAGUAUCACCCUUGAGAAUGGAAAAACCUUCACAGAACGCUGUGAUACUUUCUAUGGUCACUGGAGGAAACCACUGAACCAAAAAGACUUAGAAGACAAAUUUAGGGCCAAUUCUUCUACUGUGCUCCCCUCUGAUGCAGUAGAAGGCAUUAUAAAGGCAGUGAACAGAUUAGAAGACAUAGAAGAUUGUUCUUUGCUAACCACACUCUUAAAGAGGCCUUGUCUACCAAAGAAAACUUCAAAAUGUACUCAGCAUAUGCUUUCCAGUCAUAUCUUCUCUUGAUACUUCCAAAUGAUUGAAGGGUUUUGACACUUAAAAGAGUCAAAGGAUGAUAGACUUAGAAAUAGAAGAGCCCUUGGAGAUCAUUCAGUACACUCCCCUAAUUUUACAGUUGAGGAAACUGAGGCACAAAGAAGUUAUUUGUCCACAGUUGCACAACUACUGUUUGAGACAAGAUGUGAUCUCAGGUCUUCUUGACUGUCCACUCUACCCCCCCAGCUGCCAGCUGAUUUAGUAAUUGCUUUCAAAAGACAAGCACCUGAAACUUGGGUUCCCUAUCAAUCAACAGAUUAAAUAAACAGUGUUAAGUCAGGCAAGACAAAUCCAAUUCAGACACAAAUCUCACUCGGCAUAUAUGGAAAUCACAAGUUUAUCUUGGUGGAAAAGUAAUGGACAUAUUUCUUAAAUAACAUGAAGCAUUUUCAAGAUAAUGUACACAUUGCUCAAGAUAGCAGGAUUC